UUAAGAAAAUAUAAAUAGGGGUAGAUAGAUAAAAAAAAAAAAGGCUCCUCUUUUAUUUUCUUGAUCCCUUACUUAAAUCUCGUUUUCGAUUGCGGAGAUGAUAAAUUUUUUCGCUGCUGCUGCUGCUGUUGCAUCCGGAAGAGCCCCCUGAAACGCUCCGAUCGGAUCAACCCCGCUUCUUCUUCCUCCUCCUCCAAGUGUUGCCCGCACGCGCGCACCUGUUAUGUAUUUGAGAAUCGAGCAAAAUUGUUGAACAGGGCAGUAUUUGGUCCUCGGACUUGAAGGAAGUCUCGAACUUCUCUGAAUCGGACUCGACGGUUUGCAUCUGAGAAGCUUCGAGCUGAAUUUCAAUGAGGAUUGGAUCCCUAAUCGAGCUCGAUCGGAGGCGUUUUUGUUGAUCAAUUGUUUCAGAGGUUUCGAGGCGGUGUUGGUGAAUGUGCAGGGGGAAAGUCUCCUCUGUGAAGGGCGGAGAGUAUGCAGAGAUUCUUGGCGAUGGCGGCGGAAGCUCAGGUCGGGGGAGAGUCGCUUAUGGCAACCAUCAAGAUCGCCGUGCUCCCGAUUGCGAAGGUGUUCACCAUGUGCUUCCUGGGCUUUCUGAUGGCUUCCAAGUAUGUUAACAUCUUGCCUGCCAGUGGGAGGAAAUUACUGAACGGGCUGGUCUUUUCACUUCUGCUUCCAUGUCUGAUAUUUUCUCAACUUGGACAAGCCAUCACUUUGGAGAAAAUGAUCGAGUGGUGGUUCAUUCCAGCUAAUGUUGUUCUAGGAACCAUAUCAGGAUCACUUAUAGGUCUAGUCGUGGCGUAUAUUGUCCGGCCGCCUUACCCUUUUUUCAAGUUUACAAUCAUACAAAUUGGAAUAGGGAACAUUGGGAAUGUGCCACUUGUCCUGAUUGCUGCUUUGUGUAGAGAUAAAUCCAAUCCAUUUGGAGAUUCAGGAACAUGUAGUACAGAUGGGACGGCGUAUAUAUCAUUUGGGCAGUGGGUUGGAGCAAUUGUCUUGUACACAUAUGUUUUCAAUAUGUUGGCACCUCCUCCAGAAGGAACCUUUUACGUUGAGGAAGCAAAUCUUCCCAUUAGAGAUCCUCCAAAAGAUGGUGCACAAAUCCCAAAAGAUGAUUCUCCAGAACAAGCUCUGCUGCUUACACACGAUGAUGUGCAGUCAAAUUCAAAUCCUCAGAAGAAUGGGAAGAUGAAGCAAAUCCUUGUAUUUCUAUAUGAAAAACUGAAACUCAAGCAGAUUCUUCAGCCUCCAAUCAUUGCUUCUAUCUUGGCCAUGGGUCUUGGAGUGAUACCAUUUUUCAAGAAAUUGAUCUUUACUUCUGAUGCUCCACUUUUCUUCUUGACUGACGGCUGCAUUAUUCUUGGGGAGGCCAUGAUUCCGUGUAUCUUGUUGGCAUUAGGAGGCAACCUUGUUGAUGGUCCCGGAAGUUCAAAACUCGGUCUACGUACUACUGCUGCAAUUAUUUUUGCACGUUUGCUUUUGGUGCCUCCAGUAGGUCUUGGUAUUGUCAUGCUUGCUGAUAAACUGGGCUUCCUCCCAGCUGGUGAUCAGAUGUUUCGAUUUGUCUUAUUGCUGCAGCACACAAUGCCAACUUCAAUCCUGUCUGGUGCGGUUGCUAACUUACGCGGCUGCGGUAGGGAGGCGGCUGCUGUCCUGUUUUGGGUUCACAUAUUCGCGGUCUUAUCUAUGGCUGGAUGGAUCACUCUGUACCUCAAUCUACUGUUCUGAAUCUGCAGCGCCCUCUCAGCUCAGCGACAAGCCUGUUAUUCUUUCGCUUGUUCUGCAUUUCCAAAUUCAGUGACACGUGUGCAGAUCAACGCGGUAUCGAGAAUUCUUUAUAUGGAAGAGAAAAGCAAGGGGUGAUGAUACGCUCGAGAAAGGCGCACGCGGAGUCUUUCCCGAUCUCUGAUAUGUAUCUAAUUAUCAUUCUCCCGUAUUAGUCAUCCUUUCUUUUUACUUCCACUUACUAAUUACUGUUAUAUCGGGAAGUAAAAGGAAAUCAACAGCUUGUAAGUUAAGAAGUUGGCCCAGUUCUAAGGAAGAUAUCUCCAUUUGCUCGUUACGAAAAAUUGUCUCGUUCGAUCCUGUGUGGCCGUACUGUGCAGCAGGCCGAAAUGUUGAUGCAUCAUCACUGAACCACUAAGUGAUGUUUUAAAGUGGCAAUGGUUCCUGAUUAUGUGCUGUAAGCAAGUAUUGAUUUUUUUGCAAUGAGGGUUUAGGAGGGGUCUAUUUGAGGGCA